GGACGCAGGUCUGCAGAGACCAAUGCUGCACUUGACGCAGGAUUCGCGGUCGUUGAUCAGGCACUGCUCGAGUUAUCCAGGUCCACUACGAUGCCCAUGCAUCAGGUCAUCAACCUGUUCAUGAAGAGCCGUGGACGCACAGCAAGCAGCAUCAAUUACUGGAAUCUUUAUUCCAAUUAUUUCAAGGACAAGUCCAAGCAGGAACUCGCCCGACUUGGUCGAGAUCUUUCGGCUGGAGGAAGCACGCCAAGCGCGGGUGUGCGUAAAGAAUGCUAUGUGAAGUUCAAAGAACAGUUCCCCGACACAUAUCAAGAUAUCCUUGACACCCACGAUGAGAUGGCUUCACUAGGUGGAUUGCCUCAAACAGUCAGCCAACGUGCGCAGGCAUUCCAGAGG